AUGAAGUGUGAACUAUGUCUUCGACCACUAGGACCCCGAAUUACUUUUGUUCGUGGAUGUUCGCAUCGAUUUCAUGUUGAUUGCAUGUACGAUUGGUUGGAAUUCGCCUAUUCGGAAGAAAUACUGUUCGUUUGCCCCGGGCAGGACUGUUUUGCUUACUCUCCGAUUAUUGAAGUUGGCCUAUGCGAUGAAAACGGGAAUAUGUUUAAUCCAACCAAGGCCUAUGAUGCCUACUCAUUUCUCAGGCAAUUUAAAGGCGAAAACCUUGCUUGUCAACGGUCUCCGAAGGUCUCUGGCGACAAUAUGGAAGCUGACAUUAGUACACGAAUGUCCAGCUUAAACCUGUCCUCGCCUGCUAACCAAAAUGAUUCAAGGCCAUUAGAACUGCAAGGAACACUGUCGACGGCUAUGAAAGAAGCAGAAUGCUAG